AGUGUCCGCCGAAUUAUCGACGGCUCGUGUGGUCUGUUCUGUCAUCGUCGCGGCGAAGAGGCUUGUUUUCGUGCCCGAGGAUCCUUGGAAAAGUACCCGCACAGUGCGUAACAAUCGAUCCAGCGAAUUAUCUCAUCCCAGUGAAGGCUCUCUAAGCGAAUCAGUGUCUCUUUGAUCGUUUUACUUUUCAUCUCCUCUUUUACUCGUCGAAUUAGAAUUAUUUUACGACUCGCGCGACGAUAAUACACGUAUGCCGGCUUUUGCGAGCGGCAAUUUGUAGAGCGAAACGUAAAAAGCGACGAGGAACCGGUUUUGCAGCCCCACGCAAAGUCGAUCAUCGUAGAAAAUAUCGAAGGCGUUCGGUGUAGUACACGUCAAAAACUCCUGUGUGGACUGUUCGAGACCUAUCGUCAUCUCGUGGGAAAAGUUUCAGGAAAAUUUCAGUCACAAGUUUCAAUCAGUCAAAAGGCAUGUCUCUGUCACGACUCUCCUCCGCGCGACGUCUGCUCAGCAGCAGCAGCAGCAGCAGCAGCAGCAGCAGGUCAGCAUCGGCUGUUCUUCAUCAGACGAGCCGCAACGUCUCCUCGCAGGAGGUGUUCGAGCGCGAGCACAAGUACAGCGCGCACAACUACCACCCGCUGGAGGUGGCCCUGAAGCGCGCCGAGGGUGUCUUCAUGUACGACUGCGAGGGCAAGCGCUAUUACGACUUCCUGAGCGCUUACAGCGCGGUCAACCAGGGCCACUGCCACCCGCGCAUCUACAAGGCCAUGAUGGAGCAGGCCAAGCAGCUGACCUUGACCUCGCGAGCCUUCUACGCGGACGCGCUCGGCGAGUUCGCCGAGUACAUCACGGGACUCUUCAAGUACGACAAGUGGCUGCCGAUGAACACAGGAGUCGAGGGCGGCGAGACGGCUUGCAAGCUGGCCCGUCGCUGGGGCUACGACCGCAAGGGCAUCGAGCGUUACCGGGGCAAGAUCAUCUUCGCCGAGGGCAACUUCUGGGGCCGCAGCAUGAGCGCCGUCUCCUCGUCGACCGACCCCUCGAGCUACGCCGGCUUCGGGCCCUUCAUGCCCGGCUUCGAGAUCAUCCCCUACGACGACCUCGAGGCUCUGAGGAAAGCCGUCGCCGACCCGAACGUCUGCGCCUUCAUGGUCGAGCCCAUCCAGGGCGAGGCCGGCGUCGUCGUGCCCAAGGAGGGCUACCUGCGCGGCGUGCGCGACAUCUGCACGAAGAACAAGGUGCUGUGGAUCGCGGACGAGGUGCAGACCGGUCUGGCGCGUACCGGUCGCCGUCUGGCCGUCGACCACGAGGACGUCAAGCCCGACAUCCUGAUCCUGGGCAAGGCUCUCUCCGGUGGCUUCUACCCCGUCUCCGGUGUCCUCGCCAACGACGAGGUCAUGCUCACCAUCAAGCCCGGCGAGCACGGAUCGACCUACGGAGGUAAUCCCCUCGGCUGCAGGAUCGCGCUCGAGGCCCUCAGGGUGCUCGAGGAGGAGAAGCUCGCGCAGAACGCCGAGAAACUUGGUCAGAUUCUGCGCGCCGAGCUGAACAAACUGCCGAAGGAGGUGGUGACCUUGGUGCGGGGUAAGGGUCUGCUCAACGCCAUCGUCAUCAACGAGAAGAUCGACGCGAUGGAAGUCUGCCGUCAGAUGAAGGACGAGGGUCUGCUGGCCAAACCGACCCACGGACACAUAAUCCGCUUGGCCCCGCCGCUCGUCAUCACCGAGGAGCAGGUCCACGAGUGCGUCGACAUCAUCAAGAAGGUCAUCUCCCGACAGAAGAUCUGAGCGAAGAGAGAAGCAUUUUUUAUCUGACCUGGACUUAUUAAUCGGGUCUGGUUCGUUUUCUCAGCGGAUGCUUUAAUGAUUCAGACGAAUGAAGAGAUCAAUUAUGGACAAAUAAACUAGCUGAGAAUUCGAUUUGAGCACAAUGCGAGAAAAUCGCGUUAUCCAAUCAAUCGAGUCAAUUUUAUCUUAAUGCUAUUCGAACUUAUGUUUUGAGAAGCAGUCUGCACGUAUAUGCAUGUACCAAGGCUUCGAUCACCGAUAUUUGUAUAACGCAUGCAUGAAAUAAAGUAUUACUUUUGUA